UCAUAAACAUAUAAAAUCGCAGCGAUAGACAAAUGUAGUACUCGCUGGCGGAAAUACUAAAGUAAAGACUGUCACUUAUAAAAAGGAUAUUAGGGCUUCGUGUAUUGGCCUUGGCAUUCAGUCUAUUUGCAACGUAUCAAAAUGAAGAACAAUUGGGAUAUCCUUAGCAUAAUUCUAGGAUGCGUGGCCGCACUUUUGAUAGUAUUAUGGCGGCACAGCAAAAGCAAAUACAAACUCCCGCCGGGACCGUGGGGCCUGCCUGUUGUGGGGUAUAUACCAUUUAUGGGAAAAUACCCAUUCAAGACGUUUAUAAAACUGAGUGAAAAAUAUGGGAAAGUUUUCAGUUUAAACCUCGGAGGGCAUUACACUGUCAUCUUGAACGAUUUUGAAUCUGUCAAAGAUGCUUUCAGUAACAACGCAAUUUUGGAUAGACCUCCGCAUCUCUUUGAUUUUCAUCCGGAUGGCCUUGGGUUCACAGGCUACAACGGAAAAAAAUGGCUCGAGCAGCGUCGUCACACCAUGCGGACCCUGAAAGAUGUCGGCCUGGGGAAGAUUCCGUGGGAGAGUUGCGUGGAAGCUGAAGUUGAAGAUUUCAUACAAUUUCUUGAAGAGCAAGGUGGCAAACCACUGGAUGUCUUCGAUCCACUCUCUGCCAGUGUUUCUAACAAUAUGACAAGCAUCAUCCUUGGCAAGCGUCUCCUCAAAGGAGAUCCGAGGAGGAGGACAGUUGAUGACGGAGUGCAGGCCGUCAUCAACACUUUCGUCAGUGUGAGCCUUGUCUUCCUAUUUCCCAGGCUGUCGCGAUUUUUUGCUAAGUUUGGUUUGACGAAGAAAUCAGAAGAUUAUCAGAAGAUGGUCAGAUUUAACAGAUUUAUUAGAAAUGAAAUGGAGUCCCGUAAGAAAAUUCCACAAAUAGAACUGAAUGAAGAUAUUUUCAUUGACGGAUACUUGCUGGAAAAGGAGAAACUGAAAGAAAAAGGAGUGGAAAACUGGUACAAUGAGAACAACCUGGUGGGAACUUCUCAGGCGUUGAUCGUUGGUGGCAGCGACACUUCGCGAACGCUUCUCUGCUGGCUUUUUCUCGCCAUGGUAACCUAUCCAGAUAUCCAGAAGAAAAUCCAGAAGGAGAUCGAUGUUGUUUUGGGAAAGGAUGGUAAGCUGAAAUGGGCAGAACGUGCUAAACUGCCCUUGACAUACGCGGCUACGCUGGAAGUGCAUAGGUGGAGGACUAUAGCGCCUUUAGGAGCUGUGCACCAGGCCGCUCAAGACACGAAUAUCGGCGAUUAUGACAUACCGAAAGGCACCCAUGUCAUUUCGAAUAUCUAUGCACUACACAACGAUCCUAAGUACUGGAAAGAUCCGGAUGUUUUCAGACCUGAAAGAUUUCUGCACGAAGACGGAUCUCUCAAAAUGCAGAGGCUCGACAGUUAUGCGCCCUUCUCACUAGGUAGACGAAAUUGUCCCGGAGAGCUGGUCGCCAUGAUGGAAAUAUUUCAAUAUUUCAUCGCCAUUAUGCAGAAAUUUGAGAUUCGAGCCGUGGACAACACUCCGCUGAUUUUGGAAGGCAUGUUUCAGGCCACCUUUCGCCCACACCCCCAGAAACUGAGAUAUACUCCAAGGGGAUGAUCUUCCAUAUGGAACACAUUCCUAUUUGUUCGAAUCGCAGCACAUACUUGUGCCGUUUUUGUAUCCCAAAUACACUUUGCGUAAAAAAAUCUGAUGGUCAAAACAAUUCGAAUUAUCAUUUCAAAUCUGAAGAAUUAAGCAGAUUACUCGUUUAUCUCUUAAUUUUUUUCUAAUGGUUUAAAUUUGCAUUUACCUAGUAAAAAUAAUCAAUAUUAUUCAUUUAGUUAAAUAGAUUAAUACAAUUAUAUUUUCAUUUCUCCCUAAGUUUUAGAUUUACAAACAUAUAAUAAAAAUAUUUUUUUAUUAGAAUUAUUAUUCUUCGUUCAAUUACUAAAUUAAUUUAAAUAUUAUAUUUUUUUUCUCAUUUUCUAUUUUGCAAUCAGAAAAAGAGUUCAUUACGACUAGAAAAGU